AGAGGAUUCGGGUGCCGCGUUCCCCGCUCUUUUAGGACCCGCUCAAGUCACCCUAUAUCCACUGGUCACCACAGACACACGGCGAACGUCGGCCAAGUCCCAAGAUGGCGCAGCCCAGGGGGACCACCGCCACGACCAGUUUGAGCAUCUUAUCCGAUUCGAUGAGCAGCUCGAGUUCCAGCACGGACUCCUCGGACUUCACCAGCUCCUCUACGAGCGUGACAGGCGACGGCGCUGCCACCAUUACCAAGCGUAAAACCUUUCGCGAGAGGUCGCUGAAGACCCCGAAGCUGCCGGAGCCGCCCAAGACCCACGAGGACCUUCUGCGCCUGACACAAAUGUCGAGCUCGGCCAUCAUCCCCACCGACUACCCGAUCUUGAUCGCGCCCCCCGAGGACAUGCGCCGACUCAUGGGCGUGCCCCGACUGCGUCGUCUCUCGGCCCUCGAGGCGCGACGCCGGAUGCGCAACGAGCUCAAACGCCUGCGCGCCAGCGUCUCCCAGAUGUGGUUCCUCUGCCUGCUCGUGCUGGCCGCGCUGGCCGUUCCCGCGGGCCUGGUCAUAGCGCCGUUCAUCACGUUCGGCGGCUUGCGCCCGACCCCCGCGAGGCCCGCCGGCUGGACGCGUCCGACGACGGCCUACCCGUGGGUCAACGUCUCGCGCGACUGCCUGCGACCGGUCAGGCUCAACGACGACAUCAAGCAGAUCAACGUACGCAACACGACCCUGCAGGCCGUCGCGGCGCACCGGGGGGACGUGAUCUGCCUGUUCAACAACUCUCGAUUCCGCAAGGCCCACCUGUACGACUACGCGCCGGCGAGCAUGCCGCUGUCGCUUUGCAACAGCCUGCUCUACUGGUCGCUGGCCGUCGAAGACGGCGUCGUGCGGAACCGGGUGCCCGAGUUCGACGUGCACUACGGCGUCUGGAAGUUGCGCGACCUCGUGCAGGGCUUGGCGAAGGGAGGUUCGCUGCCGCCGCUGCUCGUCGGCUUGGGUGGACACCGCGAGGACAGCGCGCACUUCUCGCGGAUGGGCCGCGAUUCGAUCCUGAUUAGCAAGUUCGCCGCCAGUCUGUUGCGCUUCAGCGACAAGCACGGCAUCGGAGGCGCCGUGAUUGACUGGAAGGACAUGGGCGGCGCGUGCGGCUACUCCGACGACUUCGUGUACCUCAGCCGAGUGCUCGCGGCCGUCGUGCGGCUGCGCAACCUGAACGCGGACAACUACGCCCUCGGCGUCGUCGCCCCGGCCGACACGGCUGUCGCGCGAGCCAUCACGCGGGUCGCCGCGAAGGUGACGGCCAACUUCGUCAUCUACGAGACGCACCGGUUGCACCUCGGCGACGUGGUGCGCAUGUGCUCGGCGGCCAGCGCCGACGCGAUCGCCCUGAUCGCCGACAUGCAGCGGGUCGCGGCGAUGGCGCCCAGGACCAAGCCCCCGGUCGCGACGCCCAGGCUGUGCGUGUCCUUCACGGCCGGCCUGCCGGUGAGCCGGGCCUACGAAGCGAGGCCGCCCGCACCCGUCCUGGACUACGUCGCCGUGGGGAACAUCAGCCUGACGCCCGGCAUCGUGGCCAUCUACGAGUUCUGCGCGCUCACGUCGGUCGCCCAGGUCUCCUCGUACGGGGCUUCCGGUAACUGCACCCGCAUCACGAAGCGACCCGUCGGCCAAACGAAGCACGACGUCACGCUUCCCAGCGGCGCCGUGGUGCCGGCGGGAACCGCCAUCCACGACUACUACGCCUUCGUGUCGCCGGCCACGAUUCGUGCCGAGUACACCGCUACGGCCGCCGCCGACACCCAGCGCUGCGCGGCCGUGUACGACCUCGACUUCGACCUGUACAGGGGCGGCUGCGUCAACGUGCAGCCGCAUUUUGGCAUAAUGAACAUCCAGACCGGUCUGCGGUGACGGCUGCGGCGAUGCAGCUGUCCGCGAGCGAACGGUUCGGUCUUUUAUCGAUUAAUUAGGUGACCGAGGGAUUUACGAUCGUAAAGAAGAUCAACGCUCGCGUAUUACUGGGUUGUUGAUUGCCUCGCUGGCGCAAAUGUAGCGCUGCGUGGUUUAUUUCGGGAUUUCGGCUAUAGAAGCAGCACUGUAUGUCGCUUUGCAAACUGGGGCGCAUCUGAGGAGCAUUACUGUGUUUCUUAUGCCUGUUGUGUAUCGCAUUGAACACUAUAUGCUGCGAUAGGUCGUCCAUUGUCCAAUUGUACACUUAGGUUCAUUUAUUCGUGUAGAUAGGUGCUGUCGUUUGUGGUGUUGCCGAUAAGCCAUCAGGCAUAUUGAGCACAUCGUACCAAGGCUUAAUAAAGCAAAGCUUCUAU